AUGGCACAAAAAGGCUCCAGCCCAACCCAGCAGCGCAGCCCUGUGGAGCAAGAUCAGAUCUGGAAAAGCUACGUUCACAAGGAACAAGAGGCUGCGAGGAAAUGGGCCAACAUAUGGGGGUUUUUAGCGACAUCUCCUGAGGAGUUGAUCAAAAAUGAAAAGAAAGAACCCUCUAAACCUAAGAUUGAACUUCCAGAACAUUUACAGAUCCGACCUUUGACACCAAUGGAAAAAUAUAUUAAGGCCUAUCCAUCUCCUCCAGUCCCUAAAACUACUCAGGGGUUUAUUGGCUGGAGAUCAUCUGUGCCAGGCCUGAAACUUGAACAUGGUUAUCAAAUCCGAAGCUGCAAAGGUGCCUUUCACAAGGAUUUGCGGUGGCCAGAUGGACCCUGUGAUUGACACGAAGAAAUAAUGAAUAAGCUUAUUGAUCCAUUUGUUUUCUCAACCUAAGUUGAAUAUUCAGUAGUACAAACAGCAGACUUUAAGUAGAUAGUAAAGCAUAAGUAUUUACAUGAUAUCAGCAAUAUACUUGGCAAGAUGUGAGAAAUUUAGUUUAGCAUAUCAGUUGUUCAUGUUUUGUUGAAACCUGCAGUACACAACCUGUUAGUGCUGCUUAGGUUUUACUCAGAAAAAUUGCUCUGUUACGGCCAAUGGACAAAUACAGAUCCUCUUAAAAUUAGUAAGA